UCAGCCCCGGCCGCCAUCCCUCGCUCUUGCUGUCUGUGUCUCGUUUCGGGUCUCCGUUUUCGAAGCAGGUCUGGAAGGAGAAGUUAAAGCAGAAGAUGGAAAUGUGGUCGAAUCUGUUGUCCUCUGCGUUCUUCCUCCUCUUUUUAUUCCGAGAAGCCGCCCCUUGUUCCCUGCUCGAGGUGGAGUGCGACGGCCUGUGCACGACUGCGUGUGACAGCCAUAUCGAGUGUUCAGAUGGGAAGGAUGAAUCGCCGCUGUUGUGCAGAGAGAGGAAUUGCCAGGCAGCCGAAUCGAUAGUAAUGCUGAGUCCCUUCGGCGUGGACUCAAGCGAUCUGGGCGUAGCCAGCGAGCCCUUCCGCUGCGACUACGGGGCCUGCAUUCCGCCCCAGUUCAAGUGCAACGGCCACAUGGACUGCUGGGAUGGCUCUGACGAGACGCAGGAACUUUGUUUGCACCACAAGUGCUCAGAGUCGCACGUUCAAGUGCAAGUACGGCGGGUGCCUCAAGCGACUCCAGGCGUGCGACGGGAAGGCACAAUGCUUUGACGGCUCCGACGAAGACCCCAUGCUGUGCAAGCGGAAGCGCUGCUACUCGAGGCAGUUCCGGUGCUCCUACGGGGCCUGCAUCAAGAAGGAAGAAAAGUGCAAUGGGGUUUCGGAUUGCUUCGAUAGCUCGGACGAGACCCCGGAACUCUGCGGUCCAGACCACACGUUCACGAAAACCGAAUCACGGAUGCGCGUCCCAGCGGCCCUAGCGUCCUUUUUUAACCCACAACCUCCAGCAGCGUCUACCACACAACCAACAACUACUGCCACAAAUCCACCUCUGCCACCACCAACUACCACACAGCCUACAACAACUACCACGCAACCACCCCCACCACCACCAACUACCACACAGCCAACAACAACUACCACGCAACCACCCCCACCACCACCAACUACCACACAGCCAACAACAACUACCACGCAACCACCCCCACCACCACCAACUACCACACAGCCAACAACAACAACUACUACGCAACCACCCCCACCACCACCAACUACCGGGCAACCACCCUCGCCGCCGCUAGCCGAUACAGACUCAGACUUAGAAGCUCCAUUUCCAUACACCCCGAGUUUUCCAGGCGAGGACGUCCUCGGCUGCGAUGGCGUCCAGUCGUGUCCUUGCCCUCCACCUUUGCAACAUUUCUGCAUCCCCUGCAAUGCUUGGAAUGAAACCUGCACUCGUAUCGGAGAGGAGCAAGUGUGCCUGAUGCCGUCCCGAAGCGCCCUGACUGGCAUCGAAGUGGAGGUGCUCUCAUGUGGCGCCAACGCCUUCCUAAGUCUGGCUGGGAUGGUACGCGUAGACAGGGAGUGCGGUACCAACCAGGGCGUCCCAGUCCUAACGGUGGUGACAGCGGACUGCUGGGGUACCACUACCCUGAUAGCAGAGUGCCAUGCUGACGGCCUGUGGCAUCCUUACGGGGAGCCCAAGAGUGCCAAACCUAUGCGGCAUCUGUGCCAACCUCACACCCUUAAUGCUGAUGUGUGUGGCAAGCGGGCCAGGUACGUGAGGCCCCCCGGCCGGUACGUGCCCUACGAGACCGCGUCCCUCUGGCCUUGGCUGGCGGGGCUCUUCCGCCACGAGAAGUACGCCUGCACCGCCGCCCUCGUCAGCCCCUCCUACCUCCUCACGGCCGCCCACUGCCUCACCAGCCUGAGAUCCACCGGAACAGAGUCGCAAGAGACUUCGCAAGAAACCGUGGAUCUGCGCGACCUGAGAGUUCAGCGUCUCGACGAGAGGGGCAACGUCAUCAAGGGAUAUGUCACGGCAGUCCACCUCUACCCAGCGUACGAGUCGGGUGCCAGGCCCUCCCGCGACAUCGCCCUCGUCAGACUGGAGAAGCCCGCGUUGUUCUCCCGAAAGCUGGUUCCCGCGUGCGUCCUGGCGGGGUCUUUCCCGAGGCAUGACGUAGCCGCGACCUUCAACCGCACAAUCGCACGCUUCAGAUGGGAGAUGAUCCUGCAAGAGCACGAUCCGCGAUGCCAUUCGCCCCACGACCGCUGUGCCUCGGCGCUCACGGUCGACAGAGACCAAUUUUGUGGCAUUGACAAAGAAUACCAGAGGUACCUUCCCGAGGGUUCCUCCGGCGGCCCGUACCUCGUGAACCUGGGCACCGACGCAGACGAGAAGUGGACGGUGGCCGGCGUCGUGUCCUCUUCCUACGGCGAAGCCUCCUGCAGCCGUCCGUACACCAUCUUCACGGCCGUAGGGAAUUACUGGCCAUGGAUCGAGCGAUGUGUCUAUCUUGGAAAUUGUUCUCAGCCUUUGGAGGACGAUGGGGAAUGAAAGAUAAUUAUUCUCAUCCCCCGAUAAGUUCUAAGAAUGUAAGGGGGUAAUAUUGUUCGUUGCUCUUUUUAGGACUGAUGGACAUGAUAUGCAAACGUGUUAUUUAACAUUUCGGAACAUUGCUAUGACAUCCGUGCAGACGUGUUCGGAGAUUCGUUUGGACGGUAGCACCCGGAAGCAUGUUCGAGAUACGUGUGGACGAUGCCCGGGCGGCAACGAGUGCGGGGAGAAGCACUUCUUACCGUAUGGCUUAUUUAGAAGAAUGUGUGUAUCAUGUUUCAGACAUGUUAACAGCAGUGUUUUACGCUGUAUGUACAAGGCCCACGGUUCCGUUCACACGAUCGAGUAGUUGGCGCACCUUUGGCUUGUGUCAGCGGGCAAAUCAAGACAGUGCCGGAGUGAAGUCAUUGCAACAGACAGUGGCAAAUUGUGUAACAAAGUUCAUAUGGACCCUAAGAAGCUUUUAUGUCUACUACUUGAUUUAUGCAAUUGCCAAAUGCCAAGUCUGUUCCGCCACCAACUGAAGUUCACUUGUCUAGCCCGAGAUCCUCACUGUUGUGCAGAUUAGAACUCAUACUGGUUACACCCUCGCCUGGCCUCUCUUCACGCCCCUUUCAGCACUGUACAAUCAUGUGGGCGAAAAGUAAGAGAGACUAAGCGAUGUUACUAAAAGGAUAGAACAAAAUAGUAGUUUUCCCGUACUAUCCCUUGCUUCUAACUUCCGAAUAUAUCCUAUGCACAUCAC